UCAAUUUUCCCGGAAGUGUGUGUGAUUGCCCAAUGACGUAUUAGUUUUUAUUCCGACAUUUGAUAAGAAAUAUAACGGAACGAAUUCUUGUGUCUCAGUUGGUCGCAUAUUAAUAUUUUACGUAUACUCUGUAAAAAAGCCAAACAGGAAAAGGAUUUGAAAAAAUAAAAUGGCACAAAAUGCCUUGGAACAGCAUCUUCUUGAAGCAACAAGGGUUGUGGAACAGCAACUGGAUGCAGAGAUUGAAAAGUUAGACCGUAUGGAAGAUGAUGAUUACGAAAAACUUCGCCAAAGGAGGCUAGAUGCCAUGAAGAAUGCCCAGAAACAGAAGCAAGAACUGAUGGCCAAGGGUCAUGGUAAAUAUUAUGAAAUUGCAUCAGAAAAGGAUUUCUUUGAGGAGAGCAAAAGAAGCAAGAAACUUGUGUGUCAUUUUUACAGGGAUAGUACAUUCAGGUGUAAAAUUAUUGACAAACACUUAGAAAUUCUGGCACCCAAGAACGUGGAGACCAAGUUCGUGAAGAUCAAUGCAGAGAAAUGUCCGUUUUUAGUAGAGAGACUCCGAAUUGUUGUCUUACCUACACUAUGUAUUGCCAUUGAUGGCAAGACAACAGACUAUAUAGUGGGCUUUGAUGAGCUAGGCGGGGUGGAUGAUUUCCCCACGGAGAUGAUGGAAUGGAGAUUGGGACGUGCAGGGGCAAUCAACUACCAGGGAGACCUGGUGAACCCACCAGAGUUUGGGGAGAAAAAGAAGGGGGGAAUCCUAGGGUUCAGUAAAACAUCCAAAACCAUCAAAGGUAGAGAUGACGAAGACAGCAGUGAUGAAGAUGACUGGUGAAUUCAAACAAUAACAUUGUGUUCCACUCAUGCUUUCAUGUUGUUUGAUUUGCUACCAGCUCAGAUAGUGUGUAUGUGUUCAUGGACACAUACUUUAUGAUAUUGAGAGUAUUGACAUUUUUUUUAUUUUUGUAUAAAGGCAAGUGUGUACCGUGUUAAAUAUUAGAUGUUGACAAAUAUGUUCAUUUAUCUGAUGAACAAAAAUUGCUUUUCAAAAAUUGUUUUAAAUGAUGAAAACUUUAUUGUAUAUCUGUAAAUCAAUUAAAUUAUUAAAACCAAAUCAUCAAACUUUU